AUGAACGAAUUUUUUAUAUUCUUAAUUUAUUUGGUGUCCACGACAUUCUCAGCACCUCCAGGAGAAGCGCCGGAUAUGUCACUUGGUAAUGCGGCGGCCCCAGGGGAAACCCCGACGGAUCGAGAAGCCAGGACAUCGGGAACUGGAACUGGACUUUCUCUUCAGAAGCCUGAUGUAGGAGUAAGAUUCUAAUCUUUCAUCGAUUUUGUUGUAUUUCUUGGCGCAAUAACAUUGACUUAGGUAGGGUCGGCUGAUCCUUCGGCAAUAUUUCGAAGCGCCCCCUCACCUCCAUCUCCGCCAUUCCCCGAAUCCCCUCAGGAUUCAAUGCCAGCCUCCAUCCCAGCAAGUCCUGCCUUUUCUCCAGCAGCGGAAGAACCACAGCCAAUAGCUGAGUCAGCUGCAGCAACAGAACCACUGCCUCCUCCAAGGUCCCCAAUCCUCCCAGUUCGUCAUCCUGAAGCCCCUCCAAUUUUGCCCUUUAAUCCUUCAGCAAUCCCCGGGCCAAUUGGGCCGGAUGGAGGAGCGGGCUCGGCUGGUCCAAUGGCUAAUCCAGAUGGUCAGCAAGGGCCUCAAGACGGUUCAAAUGAACAAGGAAGCCCUCAGAAUACUCAGCCAGUCGAACAGUCCAGUCCGGAAGAUCCAGCGGUCCAACCGGCGCUUCAGCCAGGCCAACAGACCCAACGGGGGAUGCAGGAGAGAGGACCGGGUGGAGGCCCUGGAGGCUGGGGCAUAGCGGAUGCUGAAAGGGCCGGACUAAUUCAAGGAAAGGAUUUGGACAACAGCAAAGAAGGAUCCUGCUCGACAUGUGGGUAAGAGAAAACUUUAGUGUUUUGCAUCGAGUUGUACAAUAAGACAAGGAAACCAAUCUUAUUCUAAUCUUCCAGGCCAAGAAACGAAUUUGAAACCCCAAUUCUGGAACGAGCCAAAGAACAAGGCGUCCCAAAUCCCGCACCUGGAGCAAAUCCACAACAAAGACCUGAAGAGGUUGUCCCACAAGCAAAUAAAUGGCCAAAUCCUGAGGUAUUUCUCAAAAAAUAUAUGUAAAAUCAAUAACAAAAUUCAUUUUUUAGCCCUGCGACGCAAUUGUUGACGAGUUUCCCUCAAGAAGGCCACCAGAAUUGGCUGUAAAGCCGGAUGUAAGGAAGCAACUGUUGGCAAUGUUGAAUAUUUUAUUUUAGGGCUACUUUAAGACCGCUUAUAAAGCCCCUCCUCCGCCACCACCUCGGCCAUUUUAUCGGCCGCAUCGGAAGCCAAAAUUUGGAGAAAUCACUGUUGAAGCCAGAGAUGCAAUUAUUGUAAGUUGAAGACAAAUUUUUCAACAUCGUAUUUUACAUUUUUUAGGAGACUUGCCGACGAAUUGACUGUCGAACGGAGUCCUUAAAAGCUGUUGAAAAAUACAACGAAAUACAUCGAACCGAGACAGACAUUCAACGCAUUUUCAACCCGUUCAUAACGCCAGAUCAAGUCCAUCGACGCCUCGCAAAGAUUCACAAAUUGAAAGAGACUCUUUUGGAUGCCGCAGGACUUGGCGAAGCGGUCGAGCCAAAUAAUGACGGCACUUUCCAAGACGACAUUUUACUCACGGAGGGUCAAACCGAAACCAUGAUGUUGAGAUUGAGACAACAAGCGGAGAGGAACAGUAGAAACAAAAGAGCGGCGAUCUACGUGGAACAGAUGCCAACGAAUGUUUGGCCUCCCGGACAACCGAUUCCAGUUGCUUUUGAUAGCUCACUUUGUAAGUGAAGUAACCCUUGUGCUACUGUAAAUUUGUGGACAACAUUGCACAAGAAUAGUCACUUUUAGCGAUCUGUUGCUCCGCUGUGGGUAGAUAGCUGAAGUUGAAAAAUAUUUUCAAAAAUCAAAAGGUGUUACAACCGUAUUUUACCCCGCUUUUUAGCUGAUCAUGAGCGAUACGACCUCAAGGUAGCGCUAAACUCAAUUGAAUCGUCGACUUGCAUCAGAUUCCAACAUUACACCGAGCGACCCGGAAGUCAUCACAUUUACUUCGUAAAGGUGGCUACCCCAACUUUGUGAGUCAAAGCUUGGCCUUAAAAUUGCUAUAUUUUACAACUUAUAUGGCGUAUUUCAGCUGUGGAUUGUCUUACAUUGGCAAAGUUAGUCCGGCCAAUCCAAUUUAUUUGAGCUUUAUGUGUGGAGAUGUAAGUGCCUACUAUAAUAUAAUUUUUUUCUUUUAUCAUCACUCAAGUGCUCCUUAAUCAAGUCAUUUCCGAAUUUAGACCGUCGGAGUUGCAAUUCACGAGAUCCUCCACGCCUUAGGCAUCACCCACGAGCAUCUCCGCUUCGAUCGCGAUCGAUAUCUCCACAUGGAGUGGGAUAAUAUAAACCCUCAGUUAUAUGAUUAUUUCGCUGUCGCGGACCAAACUCUUUACACGACUUAUGGCAUUCCCUUCGAUUAUUCGAGUAUCAUGUUGUAUGGGCCAUUUACCGGCGCCGUCGACCAUAAUCGACCAGCCAUGCGACCAGUGAAUGACGAUGGAAGGAAGAUUCAGAUGAUGGGGCAGAGGAAGAAUCUCAGUGAGAGGGAUGUGCUGUUGUUGAAUACAAUGUAUUGCAGGCCUAGAGGUGAGCUUCUUGCGAGGUUUUUUUUGGUAAUCGAAGUCGAAUAUUGAAAUUGAAAAUUCAAAAAAUCAAAAUUUUAUGUCUUCUAAUCUACGGGGCAAAAGGACAUGCCAAGUGUAAAAAUGACGCUGAAUAUGAGUCAAGGUUCCGUUAAAAUUGUUGAAUAUUCUAUGCCACAUUUUACGCAAUUUUUCCACAUGACACAGUAACCCUUAGAGAAGCUAAAAAAAUUCAAAAGCAUUACCGAAGAUUUUUCUAGAAUCACCUAAAAAUCUCGGUCUUAAAGAGGCUAGGCAAAGUUUCAUAACGAUCUCGUAGCCACUUUUUCCAGCACUUUUUCGUUGAGAUAAAACACAAACCCCUAUUAACCAAUUCCUUUUUAGAUUGCAUCGACCAAAACGUCUAUUGCGGUUUAUGGGCCCUCCGAAAACUGUGCAAAGACGAGCCCCAGUCCCGCUGGAUGCAACGGCAUUGCAAACGCUCUUGUGGCAUAUGCUGA